GGGGGAAGCUUUGUGUUUGUUUGUUUCCUUGGUUAGCAUGAGUCAAGCGCCUUUUUUAUUAGUAAUGUAUAGCAGAUAAAAGUAGUUUUGCGUCGUUCUAAAGUAGAAUAAGUACGUAUCUUGUGAAUUCUUUAUUUAUUCAGAUGUCCGUUGGUGUCCGUGGCGUUUUGUUUACGCGCUGAAACGUUAAAGCGGGUUUUGCUAAUCACGUGCGUUCGCCUGCAGAUGCUUCACUAGAGAUCUCCAACAUGGCCAAUGACAGGUUACGGGCUCUGGAGGAUGUGGAAAAGGAGAUCGCUGUCGUUCUUCAGUGUGCAGGAACCAUAGUGCUGGAGUUGUCCAAGGAGAAGCACAAUGCAAGUUUGUUAGACCGGCAGCUCAACCAGUUUCAGACCUCCAUUAACAGGAUUGAGAGUGAGCUCAGCUCUCAGAUCCGCUACCUCACACAGGUGGCGACUGGGCAGCCUCACGAAGGGUCAACGUACUCCGCACGAAAGGACUGCCAGAUGGCCCUGAACCGUGCCGAAUACGCACGUGUCAAACUGGGAGAACUGAGACGCACCUGUGAGACGAUGCUCGACCCCCAGACUUGACGUCCAUCACGUCUUCAUUACUUAAAAUCUUGUUAAAGACUUUUGAACAUAAGCUUUGUGAGAAAUCUCACUUUUGUACCGCUUUCUAUCAGAUAACUUUACAUUAUCAUGUUGUAUAAAUGCUUCACUGUUUUGUAACAAAUAAAUAAAAUGUGUUUUUU